UUCCAUCCACAAUUGAAAUCUUAUCAAUUAGGAACUUGCUUAUAUAGUAUAUUUACAUAAUAAUAGGAGUAUGUAGGUGGAACCUAUACCUGUACCUAUGCAUAAAAGUAUCUGAUAGGUAUAGGUACCUAGUUUCUGCAAAAGAAACUUCCUGUAGUUGUUGGUGAAGCAGCUGCGACCGCAGUUUCGUGCUGCAGCGCACAGACAGGUAUUUGGCCCUAAAAGCUGGCCAAAAUGGAUUUUUUUUAUAUUAGUUCUACUCCCUCUAAGCCAUUGUUUCCAAAAAUUAGGAUAACCGCUCCAAACAAUAGCAAAAAACACAAAGCGCUAGCCCCUUCCAGUACGUCGUGGGCUCAGUCGGAAGUUACCGUUCGCCAAAAGUGUUCGUGUGAUUGUUCGAUGCGCUCAGAUUUCGUUGUUUUAAAAUAUUUGCUAUUUUGUGACUGAACGAUUUUGUGUUGGUUUUCAUUAUGGAUUGUGCACAACCAGGAUCUUCUGGAAUGAGAGUCAUGACUCGAAAUGAUUUAUUUAAUAUAAUGGAACGUUCAAAUACCUCAACUUUUGAUGAAAAGUUGCAGUGUAUGGAGCGGGAACUGCUCAAUCAAUAUGCAGAAAAUGACCCAAAUAUUGCUGAUGUAAAGCAAAAACUAUCGAUCAUCAGACAUCAAUUUAAACAAAAAUGGUUAGCUGCUCGCAAAACAAAGGCGAGAUUCCUAGAAAACAAUGCCGAGUGGCUUAAAGGAUGCAUAUCGCUACCGAAAGCAGGAGAAAGUCCCGGUCGACCUCAAAAAUCGUUCUUAGAGUUGAGUGAAAGAAGCAAAAGACGUAAAACUAAAGAACUAAGAUCAUCUGAUACAGAUGAAUUGACGUAUGCAACACAGAUGAAAUUACGGGAGACGGGCAAAGUAGAUGCAUCAAAAAUCGUAAAAGAUUUAACAAAAAGUCCCAGAAGAGCAAGGAAAUAUGCGGUAGCUAUGAAAAAAAGCACUUGCGAAGAAGAUCAGGAGAAAUCAAAAAGAUUAGCACAUUCACGUGCAUUGUUUAUGUUUGUUGAAGCAGGACUAACACAGACGCAAUAUGAAGUAGUGCGAGAAACUAACCCAAGUUUUUAUCCGUGCUAUUCGAUUUUGCAAAAGUUAAAAAAAGAGUGCUAUCCUGAAAUCCACAGAGUAACUGAAACGUGCGCUGAAGUACAGGUUCAAAAUCUCAUGGAUCAUACGGCACAACGACUGAUUUUACAUCUUGGUGAGGCAGUGGAACAAUUGAGUGAAGCAGAAAAACAAUCAUUAGUAUUAAUAAGUAAAUGGGGCUGCGAUGGAUCUCAACAGAUGCAGUACAAAAUGAAAUUUGAAAAUGAAGCCGACUCGGACGCAAACAUAUUCCAAAGUUCCAUGGUACCGCUUCAGUUGAUUUACGGACCGGAAAAAAAAAUAUUGUGGCAAAAUCCUACUCCAUCUUCACCACGGUAUUGCCGGCCUAUGAGAAUAAGAUUCAUAAAAGAAACUACAGAUGUGACAAAUGAAGAGAUUGACUAUAUUAAAUCGCAAAUAACAGCGCUUACUAAAAGCGAAGUCAACAGCUUUUCCAUUAAGCAUAAAAUGCUUUUCACCAUGAUUGAUGGAAAAGUAUGCAAUGCUGCUACGCAUACUAAAUCAACCAUGAGGUGCUACAUAUGCGGCGCCACGUCAUUACAGUUUAAUGAUUUGGAGAAGGAGAGACCAUGCAAAAAAGAAAACCUAGAAUUCGGCUUAUCUUUGUUGCAUGCUCGGAUAAGAUUUUUUGAGAGCAUUUUACAUGUGGCCUAUAGAUUGCCCGUAAGAAAAUGGAACGUUCGCCUUACUGCCGAGGAAAAGCAAGCAGUGGAAAAUAAAAAAAAAGAAAUCCAAGAUAAGUUCCGGGAGAAACUCGGUCUGUUGGUGGAUAUACCAAAAGCCAACUUUGGAAAUACCAAUGACGGAAACACUAGCAGACGUUUUUUUGAAAAUUUCGAAGUAUCAGCGACAAUUACGGGGAUAGACGUAAAUUUAAUUUAUAGAUUAAAAGUGAUUUUGGACACAUUGUGCUGUGGUUUAAAAAUAAACUGCGAGAUGUUUGAAAGAUAUUGCCAAGAAACGGCAAAGUUAUACGUUUCUUUGUAUAAGUUCUACCCAAUGUCUCCGACAUUGCAUAAAGUGUUGCGUCAUGGGGCUUCAGUGGUAAGAGAAGCAAUUCUUCCCAUUGGACAACUGUCCGAAGAAGCGGCAGAAGCCCGCAACAAACACAUUAGGACGUUCCGGCUCAACUACGCCCGAAAAUUUUCCCGGAUAGCCUGCAAUGCAGAUGUUUUUAACAGGCUCCUCUUAACUUCCGACCCUGUCCUGACGGGCAUGAGGAAGAGGAAGAAUAAAAAAAAUGUGUCACUUUCGGCUGAUGUUUUAAAUUUGUUAUUAGAAAGUGACGUUUUAAAUUUAAGUUUUGAUGAAGACGACAAUAAUGAAGAAUAAAUGCUUGUAUAUGUUACAUACGCUUUUUUUUUACCUUUUCCAAGCUAAAACUCAAAUAAAACAUCGUUUGACAACCAUUAGGCGUACCAAAUAUUUUUGGCCAACUUUUAGGGCCAAAUACCUGUCUGUGCAGCGGCGCGCGGCGCUCCCA